GCAGUCCGAUCGUUUGUUUUUCAUUGGUUCGUGUCCGUCGUUCGCUGUCGUAUAAAUGCGUCAAUUUACCGCAGUCGAAGCUCACAGCCCGACGUCUUGCGUCUGAGCCUUCAGGUUUGGUCGCGGGAUCGAGGUACGAGGUAACUCGACAACUCGUACCCUAAACGCAACAGAAUUUGUUAAAUAAAAUCCUGUCGCCGUAAACGUUGUUUCGCCAUUCGUCGUCGUCCUGUCCGGGGCCAAGUGCUUUACGGGGGGAGUAAAAAACAAAACAUAAACAAAAUAUCAGACCAAACUCGAAAAGCGUUUCUGAGCGUCUGCUCUUGUCUUGCUUUCGGGAAUUAUACGGUCGCGUAGGUAGGUACCGUGCAGUAACAACGGCACAUUAAACUGAUCGAGACGGCGGCUGGUCUGGAAACCGUUCGGCCGCCGCCGUAUCCUCGUCGGAUGCGUCGGUAUACUGUUCGUAAUUAGUCCGACCMGGUCGUCGGACAUGGGCCGAAAUUUGUUAUUGUAAUCGUUCAGUUUUUCUCAUCAUGCCCGGCGAGACGACUAGCGAAAUGACGGAACAACAGGUAUCCAUUGUGGAUGAGGACUUGCUGAAACAGUCGAAACCUGACUUGCCUGAUAAUAAACUUCCUGAUGAUGUUCCUAACGAAUCAAUAUCUAUUCCAUCAAUAAAUGAGUUACCAAAUGGCUUAAAGCGACCUUUGCCAGAUGGAGUAGACAGCGAUAAGAAAAAAAAAAAAAGACUAACUGAUACAAGUGAUGAUGAAUUUGAAGAUACUAACAAUGAUGAUAGUGGAAAAAAUCAUAUUGAAAUUUUGAUACAAAAAGUUUCAGAGUCCCUAGAAAAUACAAUAGAUGAUAUAAAAUCUAAUGUUUCGAAUAAGACACACAAUAUUAAUAAUGAAACAAAUUCAUCCUUUAGUAUGAUUAACCAUAAUGGCAAAAAUAGUGUUGAUGAUCAAAAUUGUAAGGAUGAUUAUCUUGAUAAAAAUACUUUAAGUAAAGAUAUUAGUAAGAAAAAUGAAAACGAAACAAGUAAUUUAAAUAAAGUUAAUAAUAGUUCUAAAUGUAUUGAAAACAGUGUGGAAACUGUAAAAAAUGGUAUAAAUAAAUUAACUGAAAACAAUAUUCUUACUGCCAAAAGUAUUUCAUGUUUAAAUAAAUCAUUAUCAUCAUCAUCAUCAUCAAAUUUAGAUAUUGAAAAUUCUGAUCUUAAAAUCAAAAAAGUUGUUAAUGAUAUCCCGGUAAAUGAAAAUAUAUCUUUAGCAGGAAAUCAUUCAACUGUAACAGAAAGUAAUUUAAAUCAUUCAAGUACUAAGAUAUCUAAAAUUGAAAACAUCGAAAACAUUGCAAAUAAUAAUAAAAAUACUGCAGAAAAUUUGAAGGCAUUUGAAAAUAAAACACAAAAUUUAACAAAAAAUACUGAUGAAACUAAAAUUAUAGAAAGUCGUCCAUGUAGUAGUAAUACAAGCAAUGAUUGUUCUGAUGACAUUGGUAAAGAUUUUGAAGUUAUAGAUUCUGAUUCUAAUUCUGAUGUUUCAUUAUCUGAUUUAUCUGAUUUACCCGAGGACAUUAGUAAUAUUGUAAGCGGAGUACAUCAGAUGACCAAAGAGAGUUUUCCACAGUUAUUAAAAUUGUUUAGUAAAAAAGAAUUGACUUUUGACCAAUUUGACAGCUUGUGUACACAGAAAAUUAUUGAAAUUAUGACAGAAAGAUCAUACAUGGGUAAAGAACGUUCAGAACUUCAGUUGUUGAAGGAAAGAGAAAAACAUUGGCGGUUAAAAUAUUGUUCACUAAAUAGACAGUUAAAAGAAAUCAAGACUAUUGUGAAUGUUCAUAGACAAGACUUAAAAAACAAUGAACAUGCUAGACCACAUUUAAUUACAAGGACUGUUGGUUUGCAAGCAGUGUUAUGUCCAAAAAAGGAAAGUAAUAUGAAGUUACCAAAAUUAGCUACUCCUUUGCCAAAAACUGAUAAUAAACCUGUAAGUAUUGUUGUUGAUGAUGAUGAGGAUGAUAUUGAAUUAGAUGUAAUAAAAUCUGGCAAUCCAUCAACUUCAAAUAUUACAAAUACGCCUACAAAAAAGCAAAUUUCUCCUUUAGUUACUGCAUCAAAAUCGCCAGUGUUAUCUCCAAAGACUAUUACUGCUGCAAAGUCUUCAAAUCCUAUCAAAAUUGGCACUGCUACUAUAGAUCUAACAGAAAAUGAUGAUUUAAUUGAAAAAACAAAACUAAUCAAUUUGAAAGGAACAAUAUCACCUGUUAAAGUUCUUCAUCGCCGAGGUGCAGCGACUAUAAUAACAACACAGAAUGCCAGUUCAUCAAAAACUUUGACUCAAGUAGAGCUACCUAACAAUCCAUCAUCCUCUUCAAGUUCUAUGACUAGAAUUGCUUCAAGCACUCCUCAUCAGACAAGUAUUUCAAAUAAAGGUACCAUGAAUACAAGUCCAAAAUCCAAAAAUAUCAAACCAUUUUUAAUCGAUGUGUCACGUGUGGAACCUGUAAUAGUUCAGCCUUGUGCGGUUGCUUAUACUGCACAGCAUGUUCCAGUAUCUCGAAUAUCUGGUACAUUACAACCAAUCUCAACGACCCCUCGCCAAAUAACAGUGUCACAACUUUCUGCAUCAUUAAAAACAUUAACUCCAGUUUAUUCAACUUGCCAAUUACCAGUAGCUCGUGUAUCUGGAUCAUUGCCUGGCAUUUCCUUGCCACAGGCGUCUCUUGGAACAGCUAUUACUGCAUGCCGGUUACCGAUAUCAAUACGUACAAUAUCUCAUCCUACUUCUAUUGAAAGGAGUUCAACAGGAUCUCAAUUAAACAGACCACCACCUCCUGCGAUACUAUUACAUCCUUCUCCUGUGCCUGGAAUUCCAAAUCAAAAGAGUCUUCCUUCAUGGAAAAAAUUACCUCCUGCACCUAAAUUGACCAUUAGUAAAACAAUAGCAGUAAAUAAUAUGCCCCAAGCAUUAGUGCUCUCAUGGACUAUGAAUAUUAAUAAGACAACUGCAGACAUAGUAAGUUAUCAGGUAUUUGCUUAUCAAGAGACCCCUGAUCAACCACCUAACAUUGACCUAUGGAGGAAAAUUGGUGAUGUAAAUGCCCUUCCUCUACCAAUGGCUUGCUCACUUACUCACUUUACAAACGGUGAAAAAUAUCAUUUUUUAGUUAGAGCUGUUGAUGUAUACACUCGUGUUGGGCCAUUUAGUGCACCAAAAAGUAUCUCAUGAAUGAUUUUAAAUGUUUGACAUUUGCAAGUUAAUCUCCUAGCACAAUGUUUCUUACAUCAUGAGGUUAUUAUUGGGCUUAUUUUCGUGCUAAAUAACUUAAUAAUUAUUUAAGUCUUACAAAUKAUUUUUAUUAUUUUUUUAUUUUUGUGAUCCAUCAAUAGUG